AUGACUACUACAAAAUUCAUUCCUAAAUUAUCUUCGACCUCAUCACCCCUUAAUAAUAACGCAUUAUAUUUAGCCUUGUAUGUUUCACAACAAAAAUUUCAACUUAAACUAGAGCUAUCAUUUCGACCAACUGUUGAAGAGCUGCGUCGACGUAAAAUUAUUCGUUUUAAUGAUUAUGUUGAAGUUAGUGAAGCAGAUGCCUAUGAUCGUCGAGCUGAUAAACCAUGGACUCGUCUAACUCUACGUGAUAAAGCUGAUAUUAGAAAAGAAUUAAACGAAUUCAAAGCAACUGAAAUGGAUGUUCAUGCUGAUAGUCGACAUCACACUCGAUAUCACAAACCAUAG